GGCAUAUUCAACCUUUAUGGUCUCAUUCGAAACCAGAGCUGGGUUCAUGAGAACGCUCUGAUAUGACGUUGCCCCAAAGUAAAAUACCCAACAAGGCUUCAAACUUUUAUUGUGUGUAAAUAAAGUCGUCAGGCUUCAUUAAAACACAUAUUUCAGGUUGUUAAGCACGUUAUUUACAUAAUUGCCAUUUGAAGAGCAUUUGUUGAUAAUUCAAAGAUUCUGCGUGGCGCAAAUAACCCUGGCACCUCUGUAAACAGAAGAGUUUGAUUGAUCGUUGGACGUUUUCGCGUAAUUAUAACUACUUUAAGUUUAGAAAUAAGUGGAAGGUACCUAGAUGGAUCUAUAAAAACAGGAAUAAUGGUAAUGAAAUUUAUCACACACUUUCUUGCUCAAAUCGGACCGCAGUCUGAGUAUACUUGGACUCGUUUAAUUUACAGUGCACUUAAGGCUCCUACAUAUCAUUUGUAUUUUGAAUUGCUACUAAUUAUUGGUAUCAUAUGGUUGUUGUUUAAACGCAGUUAUCGUAUUAAUGAUGUAAUCAAUCUAAGUGUGGAGGAGAAAAAUCAACUGAUCAAUGAAUGGAAACCCGAUAGUUUGGUUCCGAAAGAUUGGGAACCAUCAAAAUAUCUAUUAAAACAAUUCCACAGAUGUGCGAAUGGUCCUCUUGGCAAAUAUGUCAAUUUCAAUUUAGAAGUGGAAGAGUUUGGAGCUACUGAAAACAAUGUUAGUAAGAAUCAUCUUAAUUUCUCAACAUUAAAUUUCCUAAACUUUGUUGGGGAUUCGGAUUUGUCUAAUGUCGCUACUGAGCAGCUGAAAAAAUAUGGUGUUGGAUCAUGUGGACCAAGAGGAUUCUAUGGCACUUUUGAUGUUCAUCUUGAAUUGGAAAAUAAGUUGGCUGAAUUCCUCGGUGUUGAAAAAGCAGUAAUUUAUUCUUAUGGAGCAGCUACAUUUUCUAGUGCUAUCCCAUCCUAUUCCAAACGAACUGAUGUAAUAUUUGCGGAUGAAGGUAUCAACCAUGCUACGUAUCUAGGCUUAGUGGCAUCUAGAAGUCAUGUUCGAUUUUUCCGUCAUAAUGAUAUGGAACAUUUGGAACAAUUACUGAUAGCACAGGCAAAAAGAGAUAAAGAAGAUCCUAAGCGUGCAUUACUAACUCGCCGAUUUUUUGUUGUUGAAGGUAUUUAUUUCAAUUCUGGAGAAAUUUGUCCCUUAUCUGAGCUUAUUGCUUUAAAAUAUAAAUACAAAGUUCGCAUUUUGUUAGAUGAGACCAUUUCUUUUGGAGUAUUAGGUAAGACUGGUAGGGGUGUAACGGAAUAUUUUGGUGUUAAUAUAGAAGACAUUGACUUAAUCUCAGGUUCGUUGGAAACUGCUUUAGGGGUAUGUGGAGGAUUUUGUGCUGGAUCGCAGUAUGUUGUUGGUCAUCAAGAACUCUCUGGACAAGCAUAUUGUUUUUCAGCUUCUCUACCACCAAUGUUAGCUAAAGCUGCAUGUACAGCAAUUUCUAAACUGCAAUCGCCUAAGGAAAAUGGUAAACGUAAUCAACGGUUAUUGGAAUUAUCCAGAUUAACUGACAAUUUGUUUCAUUCGAACAGCAAGUUAACCAGUAUUUGGAAACUAUAUGGUCAUCCGGAUAGUCCGUUAAAACACUUAAGAUUCAGAGAAAAUAAUACUUUAGGUAAACUUGAGGCUGUUGUCCAAACUGCUUUUGAUUGGACUGAUGAGCGAAAUUUGAAAGCACCUCCUUUAUUGUUGACAGUAUCAAGAUAUACGUAUAGUAUAAAUUUCCCUGCUCCACCUCCAAGUAUUCGUAUUGCUUUGAAUUGUGAUUUAACUAAUGAAGAAUUGCGUCAUCUAUUCUAUGUUCUUUCUUCAAUAGUUCCUGCAUGAAUCGACCAGUAAAUGAUGAAAUUUACAUUCAAUAAUGUUGGCUGUGAAACAUUUUAACAAAACAUGAUAUUUGUCCCUGUAAUAUUAUGGACGUCACUAGCUUAAUAAUAUUAUAUUUUUAGUUUUUUGUAAAUGUCUCUUUAGUAAUAAACAGGUUAAAUAUAAUUAGCGUUUUUGCGU